AUGAUGUCCGUACAGUGGGACAAACACGAGACAGCGCUGCUGUCCCACCUGUUCCGCUACUUGUCUGGAGAAGCUUUUGUCGACGUGACGCUGUGGUGUUCUGGCCGCCGCUUCAAAGCGCAUCGCGUCAUGCUGUCCGCUUGCAGUGCCUACCUAGAGCGCGUGCUGCUGGAGCACCACAGCUGCGGCGGGGAGCCGGUGGCGGUAAUGCUGCACGGCAUCGAGCCCGAGAACAUGUGCCGGCUGCUGGAGCUCAUGUACCGCGGACGGACGCAAGUCUCGGCAACGGAGCUGCCCCGCCUGCUGCAGACGGCGGCGGCGCUGGGCGUGCGCCUGCUGCAGUCCGACACGUUGCGAGUCUGCGCCGCCGGCGCCGAACCGUGGGCAGCAGGCGACGCCAGUACUGUGCACGAGUCGACGCUUCCUGACGGCGAAGCUAGGCAGUGUGCACUGCAGUGCGACGACCAGACGCUGUAUUCGCCGCAGCCAGUCAUUCCAUAUUCGCAGCAGUCGCUCAAAAGCAACCAUACACCAUGGACUGGUCCCAUAUUUCUCUGGAGAAGCAUCCCCCAGGUGAGCAGUUGCCUCAACUAG